CAUAAAAAAAACGAAUUGUUUUGUUUGCGGAGUUUGCCUGCCUGCCUGCCCAUCGAACAUCAAUAUCAACAAAACUACGAAUAGAAUUAUAAAUAUUAAAUAAUGUUCCUAUUAAUUUAACUAGUCUCGAGUAACAAUGUCUUCUACAGCAUCUGGUGUAUUGAAAAAAUCCGCUGGUCCAGCUCGCAAAAAAUCGGGACCCAAAUUCGAGCUCAGCGACGAUCAGAAAAACGACAUCCGCGAGGCCUUCGACUUGUUCGACAACGAUGGCACUGGAAAAAUCGAUUCCAAAGAUUUGAAAGUGGCGAUCCGAGCCCUGGGCUUUGAGCCGAAAAAGGAGGAAAUCAAGAAAAUGAUUGCCGACAUUGAUAAGGAUGGUACGGGCAAAAUCUCCUAUCUAGAGUUCCAGGAGCUGAUGACGAUAAAAAUGGCAGAGAAGGAUUCCAGAGAAGAAAUAUUGAAAGCGUUUAGGCUUUUUGAUGAUGAUGAAACUGGCAAAAUAAGCUUCAAGAACUUAAAGAGAGUGGCCAAGGAACUGGGAGAAAAUUUAACAGACGAAGAGCUACAAGAAAUGAUUGAUGAAGCUGACAGAGAUGGGGAUGGAGAGAUAAGCCAGGAUGAGUUUUUGAGGAUUAUGAAGAAAACUAGCUUAUAUUAAUUAGGUACCCAAAGUAUUAUUGAGUGUUUGUGUGUAUGCUUUUUUUGUGUCACAGAAUUUUUGAAUCUCAAGUUUAAAAUAGACCAGACUCAACUCAUUUAUCUAUAUAUCAAGUCUGUUCAUGUUUGCGCUUGCACCCCCUAAAUUUUAUUAGCACUUAUCCAAUAAAGUAUUAUAUUUUUAAAUAAGCCAUUUAUUUUAGAAUACAAAAAUACAUUUUUCAAUUAACAACAUUGUUUUAAAAAAACCCCAUCUCAUUGCUUGAACCUUUGUACUUUAACAGAUCCAUCCUUCAUCCCAAAAUAAGCUUUUUGAGCCAUUUUAACAAAUAGCCCAGUACAAACUAUUCCUGGUACAAGCAUCAACUCUUGAUUGACUUUAUCCCAUGCUAAAUUUUGUUCAAAAUUCUUCCAAUCCAAAAUAAAGUUUCCAUUAUCUGUAACAACUGGACCUGCUUUAUUUAUGGCCAUUCUCAAUUCAAUUUGGCCUUUAUAUUUGGUUUCUAAAUGGUUUUUGAUUGGUACAUAAGCCAUAGGGGCUACCUCAAUCGGAAUGCCUUUUUUGUAUUGAUCUCCCAGUUUAUCACUAUUUUUAGAGUAAUCAGCAAUAAUUAUCAGCUUCUCGGCGCAGCUGGCUACAAUUUUCUCUUGCAACAAACAGCCCCCGCCGCCUUUAAUCAAAUUGAGGUUGGAAUCCACUUCAUCGGCCCCAUCGAUGCAAACGUCCAAUUUGGGGCUCACAUCCAAAUCGAUGAGACUCAGUUUGUGGUCGAUUACCAAUUGUCGUGCCUGAAACGACGUCGGUACACAAUGAAUUUGUAGUUUUUCGUCUCGCAAUCUCUGAGCCAAACGCUCUACAGCGUAGACUACCGUAGAGCCGCUUCCGAUGCCCACUUUGUAACCGGACUUUACGUGAUUGUUUACGGCCGCGUAGGCCGCUAGUUUUUUGGCUUCUUCUAAGCUCGUCAUGGUUUUUUGUCGCACUAACGAUAACGACUGCGAAAAGUGCGAGAACUUUUUGUAGUAGAGAUUCAAAUUUUUGAUUGAAAACUUGUAUUUUGAUGUAAAUGCGCGCAUGUUGCACAAACAAAAACAAAUAAUUUAGUGCAGGU